AUGACGAUAGUGGAGAUGCAGGUGCAGAUAGAUUGUCCUGGAUGCAAGAGAAAGAUCAAGAAAGCUCUAAAUAAACUAUAUGGAGUUGAAUCGAUUGACAUUGAUAUGGAUAAACAGAAGGUAACCGUGACGGGAAUUGCAGACCAAGAACAAGUGUUGAAGGCGGUGAGGAAGAAGGUGAGAUCGGGCGCAGAAUUGUGGCCUUACCCGUAUAAUCCAGAGUACCAUGAUUUCAUGCAACGUUACUAUGGUGGUCAGGAAAUUAGUUAUAAUAAUAAUAAUAUUAAUGAUGAUAUUGAUGAUCCAAAUUAUAAACCCCCACCUUACACAGCUCUUAUUGAUGAAAAUUCUAGUUACAUGUUUAGUGAUGAUAAUGUCAAAUCUUGUUCUAUAAUGUAA